AUGCACCUUCAAGGGGUGGCAGACGAGAUCAUGUACAGGGCCUUCCCCACCACGCUAAAGGGUCCCGCAAGGAUUUGGUUCAGCAAGUUGACGCCUAACUCCAUUGGUAACUAUAAAGAGUUAAGCGCGCAAUUUGCUUCACACUUUAUCAGGGGGCAUAGGUAUAAGAAGUCCAUUGCGUGCCUGAUAAGCAUCAAGCAAUGGGAGGAUGAAAUGCUGAGGUCUUACAUAUCUCGCUUUAACAAAGAAGCACUUUCAAUUGACGAAGCUAAUGACAAGAUACUGGUGGCUACAUUUAAGAAUGGGCUGUGGAAGGGUAAAUUCCUAUUUUUUCUAUAUAAGAACGACCUAAAGACUAUGUCAAAUGUGCUUUACAGGGCAACUAUGUACAUGAAUGCGAAAGAUGCGCUACUGGCCCGAGAAGAAAAACCCAAGAAGAGGGAAAGACAGGAAGACAUACGACAGGAUAGGGGGCGGAAGAUGGCUAGGACCGAAGAACGGCGAGAAGACAGGCGCUCCAAGCCCCCUAUAGGGAAGUUCACGAGCUUCACCCCGCUGACUGCCCCGAUCGACCAAGUCUUAAUGCAAAUUAAGGACGAAUGA